UUUUAUUUUAGAUGUCACAGCUGUGGGAACAAAUCCAAGAGGCUUUCUAGGUUCUAUGAACUGGAUCUAAACAUUCAAGGGCACUCCUCUCUCAACCAGUGCAUAAAAGAAUUUCUGAAGGAGGAAAAACUGGAUGGAGAUAAUCAGUAUUAUUGUACCCAGUGUAACGGGAAACAGAACGCCGCGCGAUACAUUGAGCUACAUACGCUACCUCCUGUUUUGAAUUUGCAACUUUUACGAUUUGUUUUCGACAGGUAAUUGAGCUUCUGCCUCGGACCAGUACACUCAAAGUUUUUAAAUGUAUAUUUAGGAGUUGUUUUCAUGAUACCGGGCCGACUUUCGCGGUGGCGCGAGUUCACUCCUGUUCCUUCUUGUGGUUCUGCACUUGUUUACAUGUUACCACCACAAAACGUCAUGCCGGCUCGAGUCACAUCGGUGUGAGUUCACCAUGGUUUUGGUACCGGAUGGAGAAUAUCACUCCGGUAUGAAAUUUUGCAACGGUAUCAUGUAAAAGCGAAACUACCACUUGUUUCUGUGUGAAAUCGGUCUGCUGUUAGACUGGAACUGGUAGCACAUGCUUUCAUGUCAUUUCAUGCUUUCGAUAUGAAAUGACCCGGUCAUCAUCUGAACGCGAUACGAAAUCGAGAGGUCAUCCGUAUGAAGCUCGAGUUUUCUCAUGUAAACUCGCUCUUAAUCAAUUGUUUUCCGUAGGAGGGUGAUAAUGGGGAGUUUUAGCAUGGACGACGGCGAUAGCAGCGAAAACGUCACGUUUAAACUGAAUUGGUGGUUUUUUUUUUUCAAUCUUUGUCGCGCUUAUUCCAGUUCGCUGACAAUGUGAAAUGCAGGCGAAUUUCCCUGAAGUUGAUUUCGUUGCGACUGCACUCAAGCUUAGAAAGAGAACGAAAAAUUCGUCGUCGCCUAUUUGCGUUCUCCAUAAAACGUUGAAUUCGGCAUUUUGACGUCGUAGUUGUGCAGUGAUGGCGAAGAAAUGUACAAAAGCGUGCAGGGUUCUUGUUGUCCCAUUCUAAACCUAUUGCUCUUUUUGACGUUCUCGUUGCCGUCGCCAUCGUUGUUGCUAAUUAAAGCUCUCUAUUUAUUCCUUUACAAACUUAUUGACUCAGUAGAAACAAUACUUUAUCCGAUGUUAGAAUUGCUGAGAAUGAGUUCUCUUUUCAUACAGAAAAACUGGCUACAAGAAAAAACUGAACUCAUUCAUUCAGUUUCCUGAUACUCUUGACAUGAAAGAUCACGUCAAAAGUGAAUAUAUUGGUAAGCAUUGAUAUUUCCUUAUUUCCUUGCAUGCUCCAAGCUACCCUGGAAGCCGUGGCUUCGGGCUUCGGUCGAACAUGUGUCGGCCUGCGCGAAGCAUCUUGCUGUACGCGAGAAAAAACCUCUGGUACUCAGGGUACUUUCAAGCUGCAAUCACGUGCACAACGACACAGUGCGGCGAUAAAGCACGUGAUACUUUUUCUCGUUUAAAUGGUCUUAGUAUACUCAGGGACGUAAAUUAGCCCAGAAGGAAGGAACUACCUUCGCCCCGUAAAAAGCUACACCAGUUUCCGGGUCUGCGCUAAAAUCCAAAUUCGACUCUUUGAAUGCUUUAUCGAAACACUUACAUGUUAAAAACCAUCAUGAAGUUAAACAAACAUCCUAAAGGAAAUUUGCACACGUCCAGUUUGCAUCUAUUGUUUAUUGCUAAAAACAUAGCACACCAAUUCUAGCGAACUGGAUCGAAAUCGUACACUUCUGAUUGGUUACUUUCUCAAACUGUGCGUCCCUUUUCUGACUGUACAAGGGGUCAUAAAGUCAAUUGCUUUUGCUCGCAACCACACGAGCAUUACCUGCUUAAAGCAACUGACGAAGGAAACCAUCUUAGACAGAUUUCCGAAACCGGUCUUGAUAUUUAGACAGUUUUUAUCAGAACUCUAUGGCUACCCACCACUGAUUGUUGGAGCCGAAGCUCCUACACUUUAUCAACAUCGUUAAAGGAGUUAUACGUGGUUAAGGUCGAGUGACAAUAUUAUUACACUUGAAAUGACUGAAAGAAAUGACUGUCCUGUCUCAAGCAGAGGUUAAAACUACACUAUACUUCGUGCUUAAUACAGAUUUCUUCUCCUUGUUUUUGCGAAAAUAAACCGUAUUUUUCCAGCGUCACUUUGAGGCAGGAUACAGCAGCCAAAACCUUGGUCAAACGUAACACAGCAUUACCGUAAGAUAAAUUUCGCUGAAGGUUUUGUUCUCCUUAAUGUUUUUUUGUUUUAUAUUGAUGUGUGCUUGUCGUUCACAUACCAAUCCUUCCUUCCGGAUGACUGUAUCGAGUUCUGCUCAGUAUUUAGAUUGUUUUGGAAACACUAUGACGAGAUUGCGCUGCGCAGACACUGGGUCAAAAUUUGUCCCACAUGAAAUUCCAUGGUGCAAUUCGAUGAAAUACCCUCCCAGGGCCUCUUCACAGGAGCCCGGUUGACUGUGCUGGCCCGGUUACCGGGAUGAAUUUCGCUUCGGCUUCAUAUGAGAAAUUUCAGCCCGGUUUUCGAGAUGCAUAGCGAAACACAAGAAUUAUAACUUUCGCACCUAUCGUAGCAACUCUUAAAGCUGUAUCGCUGCAGUUAAGUGGGAUGCUUAUGAUGUGGAAAAUACAGUAGGCAAGAUGGUGCCAUCUGGACCGCCUGAAUGCAUCCCGUUUUCAUCUCGGUAACCGGGCUGAAGUGUGCAUAUAGCAAAAUUUACCCAGAUCUCGGGAACCGAGCUAGCUCGCUCUCUCGUAUAAGAACAUAUCGAAAAUUUUACAAAGGAUUUAGAGGUAAGGCGAGAUCUCGGAAACUGCGCCAGCCUGGUCAAACGCGCUCAUGUGAAGAGGCUGCCAGUCUCGCGCAUUACCUUCAAAUGGGCAAUAUUUUUAAAAUAACUUUUGCUUAUCCUUUUCUGCAGGCUCUAACUCUGUCUAUGAACUAAGUGCAGUGUUGAUUCACUUUGGAGUGAGUGCUUAUUCUGGUCACUACGUUGCUCAUAUCAGGGACAAAAAGGUGUGAAUUUGACUCCCUUCUCACUGUACCACUUAGUGCCUCAAUCGUUAUACCUCACACUACUUAACCACAGGACCCCCAUCUCGUGGAUAAGGUACAACAUGCACCAUGACCUCUGCCCCACCCCACCCUCAUCAGUGUUGUUCAGCUGGGGGCAAAGACGAUCCAGCCGGACUUCAACAUUGUUUCUGGGAGAAAGGUUGAAGUAUUUUGUAACUGCCAUUGCUUUUUAAGAGCUUUAUUUUCAAACUAGACGUAGCAAUGCCCAUUUUUCGUAAUAUUUUUGUCCUAGAUUGUAGCUCUAACCGUGGGGCGUAGUGGACCGUUAACUCGUGCUCCCUGUCCCAUGAUGCUACGGUGGCUUUUAGCUGCCAGCGAUUCUCACUUUAUCUGUUAACCUUAUGUGAAUAGGCCAUUUCCGAGUUCCCCCGGGCCUCUGUUUCAAAACGAGGGUAGGUGCUCAGCCUUUGAUAUGGAAAUCAUUUUUCAUUCUCAUGCAAUUAAAACUCAUUUUCACCAGAGAGGUUGUGCACCUAGCCUCAUUUUGAAAGUGAGGGUUUUUAGAACUCGGAAGUGGCCUAUUAACUCUUUAGGCGGCCAAGGGUAAACCUCAUUUUAUUUGAACCCAGUCUUAGCAGCUUCGUUCAAGCUUUAAUUUGGUAUCAGUUUUCUCGCUGUUUUGGUAUGCCUCGUGGCCAAAUUUUUUCAAGACUCAAAUUUUCAGUGUUUUAGAGAUAAACCAACUAAGGUUACAGAGAGGCUUAAGUAAAUGUUAGGAAAGGAAACAACAACUUUAUUAACAGCAAUGAAAUACAUAACACAUACAUGUAACCAACAUGAAGAAAAAGCUGUUCAAGACAGUAUAGUUUUGCUGAUACAGAUAGAUGUUGUGUUUCAAUUUUAUCCUAGGUUUAUGAUAAUGAGUUUAAAACAAAGAGGACAAAAAUUAAACCAAGGAUAAAAUUGAUCGACAACAUAUAUGUCAGCAUAACUAUCCCGUCUUUGGAGAUCGAGUGGUAAUAGAUCGCGUAUUUGAAACCUGUUUCUUCACUGUUAUUCCUGUUUGAUAAAAGCUAAAUUUACUUAACGAACAAUAGUUUAAAAUAAAUCGUCUUUCAAAUCUAUACACCCAGACGGAUACUUCAAUCAUCUAAUAAUGACCACAGAUACUAUUUAAGGUGAUUUAACUUCUCUUAAAUCUCUAGUCAGGCUCGUGGUACAAAUUUAAUGACGAAGAUAUUGUGAAGAUGCAGGGAAAGUUGAAACUUUCACAAGAUGAAGACGAUGCAGGUACAUACCAAGUGAUUUGUUUCUUCUCUGUUAUGUUGUCAUAGAUGACGUCAAAAUGGGGUAGAAACGUGACAGUUUUACUUUAACUGUAUAGAAAAAACAACAUGGUAAAUUGUAAUCUGCAGUAAAUCCUUUUUAGGCAAUCGUCCAAUUAAGACACCAUCCCCCCUAGGAGGAAGGAAAUCCCCCCCCUCCCCUCCCCGUUUCCCUGCUUCCAUUAUUGGUUUGGCAAGAAAACUGUACCGAGACUGUAUUGAUUAACGCUAUUUAUCAAUAAAUGUUCGACCCUUUGAUCAAGGUUCAAUACUAUUUGCAAUAAUAUCAGGCAAAUUUCCAUGCUAAUCUCCAAAUCUCCAUGUUUUCCCUCAUCAAAAACAAGAUGUAGAGUACCAUAACUCCAGGAUGGAUCUUCCUUGUUCUCUGCUAACAGCUCUGUUUCAUCAAUUUAAAUAAGCCCCCCACCUUCCUCCCUCCUCCAUUAAGUUUUCUCGAUAUGCUUUAAAAAGGAUUUACCGUACUUGUUUGGUACUGACAGAUUGUACUCUUAAGUGAUAUUACAAGGAGAAUGAAAUACUGGUUAUUAGAAACAUUCACUGAUCUCUGAACUGUUGGUUACAGACACAAGUAUAAAGCCUGCCAAGAGACCGAAAUGCGCAAAAGGCUAUCAUGUCUCAAAGAAUGCGUACA